UCCGCUCCCGUAGCUACAUCUCGCGGUGAAACAGGGUGGUUGCUUGGUGAUGAGCAGCGGCGAUGAUGGGGCCUGCGAGGGCAGUGAGGACGCUGCUGCAUUGUAGGCCGCCAAGGCUCAAUGCAGGGGUUAAAUGUCUACCCCAAGCCUUCGUGGCGGGGACAGUGAUUAGAUCCUGUCCGUCUCUCGGCUCCGAGCCAUGCGCCAGGCUGUCGGAUGGACCCGGCCUUCGGGCAUUUCUUCGACCACCGUCCAGAGGCGAGGCGGUGAGGGAGGGUCUGGGGGAGGACGCGCCGCCCUACCUGAUCGGGGAGCCAGAGCCCGGCGGCAAUAGGAGCGUGUAUUUCGAAACCUAUGGAUGUCAAAUGAAUGUUAAUGACACAGAAAUUGCUUGGUCCAUCCUCCAGAAAAAUGGUUAUAAGAAAGCUACCAGCUGCACUGAGGCUGAUGUGAUUUUACUUGUAACAUGUUCAAUCAGAGAGAAGGCAGAACAAACCAUCUGGAAAAGGCUGAAGCAGCUUGCUGCACUAAAAUCCAACCGAGCAAAAUCACAAGUACCACUUAAAAUAGGGAUCUUGGGUUGCAUGGCUGAGAGGCUGAAAGAGGAAAUCCUUGAAAAAGAAAAGCUUGUCGACGUUCUUGCUGGGCCCGAUUCCUACCGUGAUCUUCCCAGACUUCUGACAGUUGCUGAAACAGGUCAAAAGGCUGUGAAUGUUUUGUUGUCACUGGAUGAGACCUAUGCAGAUGUCAUGCCCGUUCAUGUAAAUUCCAAGACAAAAACCGCAUUCAUCUCCAUCAUGCGGGGAUGCAAUAACAUGUGUAGCUAUUGCAUUGUUCCUUUCACACGUGGGCGAGAGAGAAGUAGACCAAUUUCUUCCAUUUCGCAAGAAGUCAGAAUCCUUUCAGACCAGGGAGUAAAGGAGGUUACGCUACUAGGACAGAAUGUCAACAGUUACUGUGAUACUUCAGAGAUUCAGUUUCAUACAAGGGAACCGACACAUCUGAGCCGAGGGUUUAGUACCAUAUACAGGAACAAACAUGGAGGUUUGCGUUUUGCUUGCUUAUUGGAUCAGGUUUCAAGGAUUGAUCCUGAGAUGAGAAUCCGUUUCACGUCACCUCACCCUAAGGAUUUCCCAGAUGAGGUUUUACAACUUAUCAAGGAGAGAGGCAACAUUUGCAAACAGAUCCAUUUGCCAGCACAAAGUGGAAGCACUGCCAUACUUGAAGCCAUGAGACGAGGGUAUACUAGAGAAUCAUAUUUGGAACUUGUUGAGCGCAUACGCGAGAUCAUCACAGGUGUAAGCUUAAGUAGCGAUUUCAUUGCUGGAUUUUGUGGGGAAACAGAAGAUGAUCACUUGCAGACUAUAGCUCUUCUUCGACAGGUCCGAUAUAAUGUGGGAUAUCUUUUUGCCUACAGCAUGCGAAAAAAGACGCAUGCCUAUCAUAGAUUGGCGGACAGCGUGCCUGCAGUUGUUAAACAACGUCGUUUGGAAGAACUUAUUGCUGUGUUCCGAGAGGAGGCAACUAAACUGAACACUGAACUUAUUGGAACUGACCAAAUCGUGCUAGUAGAAGGGGCUAGUAAGCGAUCUAAGGUAGAAUUGUGUGGAAGAAAUGAUGGUAACAUUAAAGUAAUAUUUCCAAAUUUGGUGAUACCAUGUGAUUGGUCAUCUGAUAUGCUUGUUUCUAUCAAACCUGGGGAUUACAUAUCAGUCCAAAUAACAUCAGCCAAUUCCCAAAGUUUAAAGGGUAUUCCUAUUUGCCUUACAACCUUGAGCAAAUCAACAAAGGUGACAGAAUUGAAGACCGUCAGUAAUGGACAAUAGCAUUGAUCAGGACUGGAGUUGAUCCAAGUUUUAUGUAAUGAAGGGUGACUGGAGAAAGUAUAAAGUAUACUUUACCACAAAACUUUCCUGAGGAUAGGAAGGAGGAACCGAAUGCAAUUUUUCAUGAGAGGAAGUACAUAUCAUUUGCAAUUCACAGCAACAAUGUGUUUUUGUGCCAUUUGAUUUCAAAAAUCUUGAUGCUGAGUUUCCUUGCACACAUUUAAGAUGUUAUUUAAAAAAAUAGAAUAUGUGAUUGUUAGGUAUUGCAACCUAAAAUAUUUCCACAAUGUCAAUGUGCAUUAACCUGAUGAUUAAAAAUAAAUUAUUUAAAAAAAGUUA